CCCCUCCUCACGUGCUUUUCCUCCCCCAUCCCUUGCACUCGGCGGCUGCUUCCACCUCCAUUACCUACCCACCCAUCCAUCUUCUUCCUCAAGUAAGGCACAAAUUACUUGCCCACGCUCCAACAAGAUCCAUGAGACCUUCAGAUCCCUUGUAAUGGCGUCAAGAAAACCUUCAGAUGACCUACAAUGGCGUCUUGAUUAGUUGCUUCUCCUCUUAAAUCUUCUCUGAUCUAAGAAGGGAAAAAACAAGAGAAAGGGGCAGGGGGUGUAAUUUUAGAGGUUUGAAUAUGAUUGACCUCAAUGAAGUACCAGAGGAAGAUAUGCCAGAGUUUGCCUUUGUUCAUGACAUGAAUAUACUUGAUCCUUUAUAUUGCACACAACAGAGCAACCCACUUGGUGGAGCUGACAAUGCUGAGUUUGUGGCUGAAUCUCCCAACCCUGUUGCCACACACAAUGCUUCGACAAAUGUGGUGCAAACUAUGCCUACAGAUAUGGGUGCAACGGUCGAAGCAACUACACAUCCAGCGGCAGCAACAGAGACGGAUGAACACACACAUUUUGACACUAACACCGCAGGUGGAACAGGUGGGACUGUUGGAAACAGUUUGGCGGGCUUGGUUGGUGAGAACGAUGAUGAGGCAUGGUCACAGCCCAAGGAACCUUACGUGGGGAUGAGGUUUGACACUUUGGAAGGUGCAAAGGAACACUACAAUGCGUAUGCUCUGCAGCUUGGAUUUUCCAUCAAAAUGAAUACAACAAGGAGAACUGGCAACACUAGUAUGUUGGUAAAGCAGAAAUUUGUUUGCAAGAAGUUUCGGAAACCUACAGAGGAUGAUGGAGGUGCAGAAAAGCCCCCUGUCCUAGACAAAAUUGUUGAUCAGGCAUAACAUGUUGACGAAGAUGAUGAUAUUGUCUUUCUUGAUGAUGAAAGUAAGUUAAAAAAGAAAAGCAAGAAACGAAAGAAAAUAAUUCAAACCGGUUGCAAGGCCAAGAUGGUGGUGAAACUAGUAGAUGGGCGUUGGGAGGUGGUGUACUAUGUUGGUGAGCAUAACCAUAAGUUGGUAGACAAGCCAUCUUUGAAGAAGUACUUGCGAUCGCACCAAGGGAUACCUCCAGAAGAAAGGGAAUUCCUAACACAUCUUCACAACUGCAAUUUAACUACAGGGCGUAUGAUGCAUAUUAUGUCAGACUUCUAUGGCACAGAGCUGAUCGUCCCCUAUGGUACUAAGCACAUUACAAACCUAAAGACAAUGUUAAACAAAGAUGCCACCAAAGAAGGAGAUAUGAUUGAGACAGUUGCCUACUUCAAAGAUCAACAAAAAGAUGAUCCAGACUUCUUUUAUAAGAUAAAGUACGAUGAGGAGGACAGGGUGGAGAACAUUUUCUGGGUUGACGGUGCAGCUAGGAAAGCUUAUGUCGAGGCUUAUCACGAUUGCAUCUCGUCCGACACUACAUAUAUGACUAACAUGUACAACAUGCCUUUUGCCCCGUUUAUUGGAAUUAAUAGACACGGGCAGUCGUUUAUGUUGGGCUGCGGCUUUGUUAGGCAAGAAAUGGCAUCGAGCUUUGAUUGGUUGUUUGAGACGUUCCUUGAGGCAAUGAACGGUAUAACACCAACCAACAUCAUAACUGACCAAGACAUUGCGAUGGCACAAUCCAUCAAAAAGAUGUUUCCUACGAGUGUGCAUCGUUGUUGCCGUUGGCAUAUAAUGAAGAAGGCACAAGAGAAGCUUGGAUCAAUGUUGGCACGAAACCCUGGUUUGUCGCGUGAUUUCAAUGAAUGUGUUGACUUCAGCUUGACACCAGAGGAGUUUGAGACAAGAUGGAAUGCUCUGUUGUUGAAGUAUGAGGGUAUGGUUGACACCCACUAUGAGAAUCUAUAUAACUACCGGGCAACAUGGGUUCCUUGUUACUUCAAGCACCAGUUCUUCCCUUUCUUGCAAUCAACCUAG